AUGCUGUGGAUUCCCAACCAGCUGGAGGGAGCGCGUCUCGGGAGCACCACGGUGCUGGAGUGCAACACCGAGGCCUUCCCUCGCUCCAUCAACUACUGGACCAAUCAUAAGGGAGAGAUGAUUGCCGCAGCAGGGUCAAAAUACGACACGAUGACCAAGGAGGACACCUACAAGACCUACAUGAGGCUGGUCAUCCACAACGUCACGAGGGAGGAUUUCAACACGUACCGCUGCAUCGCCAAGAACAGCCUGGGAGAAACGGACGGCUCGAUCAAGCUCUACGUAUCACAUAAGUCAGUAUCAAAUCAGUCAGUCAUCGGCCAGUCAUCAGUCAUAAGUCAGUCAUCAACCAUAAGUCAGCCAUCAAUCAUGUCAGUCAUCGGCCCAGUCAUCAGUCAUAAGUCAGUCAUCAACCAUAAGUCAGCCAUCGCUCACAAUCAUCAAGUCAGUCAUUCGUCUGUUCAGUCAUCGGCGCAGUCCAUCAAUCAUAAGUCAGAGUCAUCAAUCAUAGUAGAGAGGUCAUCAAAUCAUGUAAGAUCAGUCAUCGGCCAGUCAUCAAUCAUAAGUCCGAAUUCUUGGAGGACCGGGGACGCCGUCAACGAAAUUCUGUCUGAUGUUGACGAAAUGUUCAGAGAAAAAGAACAGUCCCACGGGAAGGACCCGGGCUACGGCAGAGAGACGUCCUCGUCCUCCUUCGACCACUCCUUCACCUUCGACUCGGGCGCCUCCUGGACGCGGUCACUAGGCUUGAUGAUGCACCUCAAGGCAGAAGACGCAGGUAGUGAGGCGUUCCUCAAGACUCAACGUGGAUCAGCUGUACAUGAGACUUCACGCUCGGGAGGCGGACGCGACGCCAGCGAGGGAGGGCGGCCCGGCCCCGCCCCUAUCACGGCCCUCAGUGUGUAG